CGGAUGGGAAACAAAAGUGAUGAUUGUGAGGAUAGUGAGAAAGGAACUAUGGCUACAUUCGGUGUACUUUAUCUAGCAGAUAACCGACAGAAUCAAUCAAGUAUUGAUACCAUGUCUAUUUGCUUAUCUUGGCCUGUCUACAGGGAAAGAGCUUUAUCUAAAAUCUGUCAGCUGAUAGAUUUUCUUACCACACAAAUUGCCAAAAUUGCGUCUAAAUAUCUUCAGUGCUAAGCAAGGAAAGAGUGUCCUAAAAUGCUUCGAACGUUGUGACAGGUGCUCUGAACGAAGAAAGAGAAGAGAAGAGCGACUGCAAAGUUGUAAUCAAUUAUCUGUAAAUAGUCAUGCACGUAUGUUAGGAUUUGAGUGUAUCAUUACCAUUCGUUUGCACAUUGCCAUGGAUAAUCUACAAUCCAAGGUUCUUUGCUCUAUAGUGCCUAUCAUCGAAAAUAGCGAAUUUAUAUUUCGAAAAGCAGGAUUUUGCUAGAUAUCAUACAUAGGAUGAAAAGAAGAUUGUUGUUUUCUUCUCUUUUUGUAGUUAUUAAUUUGUCACUCUCUGUAGCUGGAAUUGUCUAAAACAACAUAGUCAAAACCUAGACACAGCGAUUUAUCGGUGUCGUUCACUACCGAAUGUACCAUUUGACGAGCUCAAAACACGUUGAAUAUUUAGAUAGAUUCAAUACAUUUUCUUUCACAAGUACAAGUUCAAUAUAUGGUUGCUGCAGAUCCCAACUACAUUCAAUUGUACGAGUAUAGUCCAGUUCGCACAAUUCUUCACGCGUGUACAUACUUUUGCAUAUUUCCUUUAUUAUUUAUUGCAACAUAUGAGUAAACACACACGCACACAAAGAAACAGUGAAGCGAUUGCGACUAGCAGUGCGGUGUGUGAAAUCUUUUGCUGCUUUUCCUUGAGAUACACGCUUCUGACACCGCCGAGAUGUGUUAUUGUUUCGUCUCCGGUACUGCUGCCGUUGUUUGGUGGGGACAGACACUCGAGAAAAUGCAGACGAUUUUAAUUCACCCACCCCUUGGCUGCUAGGCUGCAGAAAAAGAGCACAUGCCACAGCAUUAUUCAGAAGGAGGACAAAUGAAAUCUCACCAAGGGUUGAACGGCAACGCGCACUGGGUGUAAGGAGUGUGGUGGAGGUAAAGGUGCAAUCUCGGUGCACAAAGUAACCAACAUCUGCUGGCUCUCGUCUCGGGUGUACCACACGGCCAGAGGAUCAGUGGGUGGGAAGUACAGUAGUGUAUCAUUCGAUUCUCGUGUCGCAAAUGUUACUUCUCAAGGCGAAGAAAAACUAACGAUGCUGGUGGUGAUGUUGGCGCUUGUAAGCGAUGAUAUUCCGCACGUGUCGACGAUGGCGUGAACCGUCCAUCUUGUCUGUGAGACAACGACAGGUCAGAAGGAUCCGAUCCGGAGAAGCCAAUCGAUAGAAAACAGCAAGUGGAAGGAGGAGGAGGCUACCCGGAACGGAAGAAUUCAUUCCGACACGUAAAACGAAGCGCGCUUUCAGCUAAAGCACAACAGUGCUACGUACAGAAGAUACGGAGUGCACAUUAAAACUCCUGCAGACAAAAUUUUAACACAAUGGAACUGCGUGUGGGUAACAAGUAUCGGCUAGGGCGGAAAAUCGGAUCCGGUUCGUUCGGCGAUAUCUACCUCGGUACGAACAUUUCCUCCGGCGAGGAGGUCGCCAUCAAGCUGGAAUGCAUCAAAACGAAACAUCCGCAGCUACACAUCGAGAGCAAGUUUUACAAAAUGCUCCAGGGUGCGGUUGGCAUCCCGACGAUCAAGUGGUGCGGCUCGGAAGGUGAUUACAACGUGAUGGUGAUGGAGCUGCUCGGUCCAUCGCUUGAAGAUUUGUUCAACUUUUGUUCGCGCCGCUUCACACUCAAGACGGUGCUGCUGCUUGCCGACCAGAUGAUUUCGCGCAUUGACUUUAUACACUCGCGCAGCUUCAUACACCGAGACAUCAAGCCGGACAACUUUCUGAUGGGGCUGGGCAAGAAGGGCAACCUGGUGUACAUCAUCGAUUUCGGGCUGGCGAAAAAGUACAAGGAUUCGCGCAGCAUGUCCCACAUACCGUACCGGGAAAAUAAAAAUCUAACCGGCACGGCGCGGUACGCAUCGAUUAACACACACCUUGGCAUCGAGCAGUCGCGUCGGGACGAUCUCGAGUCGCUGGGGUACGUACUGAUGUACUUCAAUCUCGGCACGCUUCCGUGGCAGGGGUUGAAGGCGGCCAACAAGCGCCAAAAGUACGAGCGGAUCUCGGAGAAGAAGCUUUCCACGCCGGUCGAGGAGCUGUGCAAAGGAUUCCCGCGUGAGUUCAGUCUGUAUCUCGCGUACUGUCGCCAUAUGGACUUUAUACAGCGACCAGACUACUGCUAUCUGCGUAAGCUAUUCCGCACGUUGUUCCACCGACAGGGAUUCGUGUACGAUUACGUGUUUGACUGGAAUAUGCUAAAGUUCGGUAGGCCCAACCUGAACGCGUUCACGAGCAUGAAGCGUGGCCAAAGCCGGACACCGAGUGCCACCCAGAACGAGCAGCAACAGCAGCAGCAGCAGCAGCAGCAACAGCAGCAACAGAAACAAAUCACCAACACCACCUCAGUAACGACACCGUCCAAAGGUGCCAGCGGUGGCGGUGUGGUAGUAGCCGGCAGUGUCGGCAAUGCAAACAAUGCUAACAACAGUAGCAGUGUCGGGGGAGGUACCGCGAUCGUUAGCAGUCACGCGACAUCCGGCGUGGUCGGUAACAAUGCGGCGACGGCCGUUGCCGUUGCGGCUGCAGCUGCCGCCGAUAAGAAUAAGGAAAUGUCCCCACAGACGCGCCACUUGCUGCAGCAUUUCAUUCGGACGGAGCUGCAGAAAGGACAACCGCCGGGCGGUGCAGGGGGAAGCGUUCAGCAGCAGCAGCAGCAACAACAGCCCGGUGGUGGCGGCAUGGUGAUGGGUGGUGGACCGCAAACCAUCGGUGGACAGCCGUCGGCGCACAGUAACAACAUCAACAACAACAGUGGCGUCGGUGGAAACGAUCCGAGCGUGGAUGCGGCAGUUGUGGCAGCUUCCUUUUCCCGGCACGAAACACCCGAACGUCGUUCCUCGAUUCGUCUGCGUGGUCAAAAUUUGGACGCAAGAAAUGCGGAAUAAUAUUAAAUUUUUCUUUAAUCCGUUUCUUCCGGUUCCGUGCCGCUUUUGAACAUCCGUACAUACAUACACACACACACACAAAUACAUACCACUUACUUGUUGUCUAAUAUGACUUCGGGUUUAUGCGAAUAAUAAUUUCCAUUUGAUCUUGCUUCCUUUUUUCUUUUUAAUUUCCAUACAACACAAUAUAGUUAGCUUUUUUGCCGCACUUGUAUAGUGAUGUAAUAUUCGCAACAUCGUAAACAUCCUGCCACAACAUGGUCCAUUUCUUGAUAGAAAAACACAAAGAAAAAAAACAAAAUUAUCCAUUUGCUUUACUGAACUAGAAGAAUCAAAAAUCAAUCUCUAAUGAGAGAGCAAGGAAACAAGGUAGAUAGAUUCUGUGCGUGCUUUCGUCUAGGGGAAGCGAUCUAUGACACAAAGCAAAGGAUAUAGACGAGCUUUCGGGUACAAUGGAAGACAAAAUUACGUUUGUAAUAGGAACAUUGUAUUGGAUACAUGCAAGCAAGGUGAAAAACGUUUAAAACUGUUCACUGUUAACCAACUGAAAAGCUUCCGUGUGUGUUUGAGUGUGUGUGUGUGUGUGUGUAUAUAUGAAAGGAAGAAACAUGCUGCGCAAAGGACAUUUAUUGGAUGGUGUAACAUGUAGAACAUAGACAAAGUGACUGUUUUCCGCAUGUCGACUGAUAAUACGGUCCCUCCAUAUGUUUUGGAGACACUUGAGAAAGAGCAAAUGAACUAUCCGUAUGUGUGCUCUGUUGAAGAUUAGUAAAAAUGCAGUGAAUCAAUCAAUUUGAAGAAGGUCAUACAAAUUACUAUUAUACUUUUUUGUUUGUUUUUGGUUGCUGCCAUUAAAUCAAAUGUAAAAAAAAUGAUGAAUCAGCUGCAAUGUCCGUAAUAUAAUUAUUUUCCUCAAAUGCGCGUGUAUGUUUGAAGCUGUGCAUGUUAACUUAGCACCAUCAAUGCAUCACGCAUUCACUGUACAUCCAUACAUCUAAUUUCUGUAAAAAAAACAUGACCUUAAAGAAUAUUUGAUUAUUUUGUAAGCAGCAGCUUGUAAUGCUAUGUAAUGCCUGUUUAGACGUGCGCAGAACCUUGCUUGCGAGGUUCAAUGCUGGCUGAAAUAGUUGGUCAGAAACAAAAACAGAAACACACACCUCAUCAUCAUCGCAACACGCUGCCAGAGAGCAAAGAGCCGGUUCCAUACGACGAAUCAAACACACACACACAUUUCCUUCGUUCGGGUUUCGCCGUUCAAUUCGUCUUUUGGCUCACGAUUGCUGCUAGCCUUAUGUGUUAUCCUUUAUGCGCAACCAGUCAUCCGCAAAAAAAAAACAACAAUGAUUUGCCACUCGCAGAAAACCGUUCAUAUCGAAGAGGGAUGAACAGCUUAGGAAGCGCUUUUUAAACGUUGCUUAAAAAGCAGCGCAAUGCUUAUCCACACACAUACACAAACACAACAGCGUCAUCAUCGACAGAACUGAUGCUGUAAGGAUGAUGAUGUACGCAGGUGAUGGUGACGGUAGAUGCGGUGUAGACGACGGUAAACAGUGUUAGAUAAACGUAAAAGGGAUAUAGUAAUGUUUAAAUGAAUUUAGCCACCUGCCAAGCCAAGCAAGCGGUUUACUAAUAUAACGGAGAGCGAGUAGGGAGAUCGUUUAGGCUAGCGAAAGAAAGAAGAAGCAGAAGAAAACAACAAAAACGGCCAGAAGGAGGAAAAAUCUGGUAUCCUCCAGCGUAGUAAGAGGGAAGGAUAGGGCGCGUAUUUGAGCCGCGCUGCGUUGAAAGGUGAUAAGAAAUAAGGUGUACUAGUUCAGGCUGCGACUAAUAAAAUGCGACUAACUCUAAACUAACGCGAACCGCUUUCUCUCUCUUUCUCGAAAAUAAAUAUAAAAGUAUAAGAAUUGCAAAACUAAGAAGAGGGAAGCCGGGAGGCAAACGGUGGCGCACGGGGGGAAGCAGGGAUGCGCUGCUCGAUUUCUGUCAUAAGUGAUCGCUGAGUUGUGUAAGGAGAAGAAAAAAAAAGCAUAGUUCAGUAUGUUACACCAUAAAAAAUAGGACAAACAAGGGUUAUCGAGUCAUACCGAUGUUUAGGCGGAAAGGGACGCAAUGGCUGGUUCACGUUUCGGGGAGAAUACAAACACACUGCUGGAAGCUGCUUGGGAAACCGUUUCCAUAUUUCUUUCAUCAAAUGUAUGAACCAGUUUUGAAUAUAUGAAGCUGAAAAAAAUACUACCAAUACAUAGGACAGACACACACCAGCAGUACUAUGAAAAUAAGCUCUAGUAGAGAUAUGGCGAAUAAAUUGUAAAAAAAAACACUCACAAAUACACAGACGGUAACAGAAAAGGAUAAUGAAAUUAAACUAACUUAAUAUCCCCCGCUAGCGUUUAAUCUAGGACAGUACUGAAUAUCUACUACUAACGAAGAAGAACCACUCGGUGUAACGGGGUUACAGUUUUGCCCGUACCCGAAACAGCAAGAUUACAAUUUACAACCACAACCCUUAUACAUUAUACACAAGUGUAUGUAGAAGCGGAAGAAGCAUAAUAAUGCAACGAAGUGAAUUAAAUAUACUGUUUUUGGCAGGAAGUACGAUCCUAACGUCAAAGUAAAAAACUAAACAAAUUAAACAACGGACAGACAGACACACACACACACGUCGUUUGAUAAGCUAAGUUUAAGUAGACCAACUGGGAAAUAAAAUCGAUGCUAUUGUGUGUGUGUGUUGAAAAGAAGGAACGAAGGAAGCUCCUGCUUAGAUUUUAGUGUGGGACAACAGAUGGAUAAGUGGACAGAAAUAGGAAGGCUACACUAGUGAGUGAAAACUGAAAAGAGGGCAGAUAAAAUAGAAGAAAAAUACCGGGGUAGCCCAUAAAACGUGGAAAACACACAAAAAUGUGUUAGGAAGUAACAAAAAAAACACAGAAGAAGUAAAACAAACACACACACACACAUAACAGCAUGUAAUAACAGUACGAUCGGGAUCGGGUGCAUGUGCAAUUGAUGGGUUUUCUGCAUGCGUGCGACGAAUGAAUGUGGUUUACCGUAUCUAUAUAUAUAUAAAAAUUGGGCAGAAAGAUAAUGAUGUGCCGAUGAGUGUGAAGCGUGAAGCAGUGUGUGUGUGGACAAACAACAGCAAAAAAAGGAAAGGAAGGCAGAAGGAAGAAGUAACGACAUUUAAGAAUAUUUAGUAAUUAGUAUCCAUCGUGAGAAAACAUUACAAAAACAAAACAAAAACAUAAGAAAAUCAAGAGAAUAACGCUCUAGGAAACAUUAUUGCGCUUGGUGUGCAAUUGUAAUAACAACAACUCUACAGCAACAACAGCAAAAAAAAAAUGAUAUGGAAUGGAUUGGGCACGUACAUAGAAGGAAGCGAGCUUCACAGGCUCAAUUCCGUGGCUUGGAAUGAGAUGAUAAGAGUGAGUGAUAGAAAAGGGUAACAAUGAAGAACGUAAUUCUAACAAACAAAACACUCAAACAAAUAUAUACACUUAUCGACGGAUGGCAUCCAAGCUCGUGUGAAGAUGUGUCUGGUGCCUUGGACAAUCUCUGUUACCCGAUGUCCAGGAAAGGAUACCAACACGCUUCUUCCUUUCUGGUGGUGUUGACACUGGCAGAACGGGCUUGGAAAGGAAUGGGAAACCAAUGGAUGCAGAUGGGAAAACAGAAUGAAGUUACGCUAAAACCGAUUGAAGAGAAUAAAUCAUGUAAAACCGAUAUGGUAAAAAGGUUUACUUUA